GUACAUGCGCAGUUCUGCACAAAGCUACAGAGCUUUGGGAACUAUUUCGUGCAGUGCGAGAUAAAUCUCAGAAACAGGAAAUGUCUGGUAAUGAAGAUGGCGGUGUGGGGUCGAAGGAUGUGACUGUCACCCAGAUUGGGUCGAAUGUGGUCCGAAUACAGAAACCAGAGAUGAAGGACAUCAACAUCAACAACAACAACAACAACAACAACAUCAACAUCAACAUCACCUUGAACGUCCAGCAGUCAGAUCAGAAGCACGCCCAGAUUUCUAGGGCAAUACGCACCGUCAUUGGCAACUUGCUUCCGAGAGCGAAGAUAAAAUCCAGCUGCAGAGGGAAGCGGUUGAAACGCUAUUCAAGGUCAACAUCAGAAGGAAAGAAAUUCCACAUGACUCUAAGAAGCCACGGUAGAGGUCCAUAGGAGGUCCACAAGCAGCUUUUCGGGUGGAGGGUGGUGUCUUAAGAUAGCUAUACUGAACAAAGACACUUUAUAUCCUUGAUCAGUAUAUGUUCGGAAACAGGCAAGAACUUGCACCAAGUAUGUGCAGCUUAGGUCGAGAAAGCAAACCAAAGGCUCGUCUGUGCCUAAAGAUAGCUAUACUGAACAAAGACAUUAUAUAUCCUUGAUCAGUAUAUGUUCGGAAACAGGCAAGAACUUACACCAAAUAUAUGCAGCUUAGGUCGAGAAGGUAACCCAUUGAAGAGUAUCAGAAUUUCUCCACGAGGUUUAAAAAUACCUUAGACUGGAAAGCAAACCAAAGGCUCGUCUGUGCCAAAAGAUAGCUAUACUGAACAAAGACACUAUAUAUCCUUGAUCAGUAUAUGUUCGGAAACAGGCAAGAACUUGCACCAAGUAUGUGCAGCUUAGGUCGAGAAAGCAAACCAAAGGCUCGUCUGUGCCUAAAGAUAGCUAUACUGAACAAAGACAUUAUAUAUCCUUGAUCAGUAUAUGUUCGGAAACAGGCAAGAACUUACACCAAAUAUAUGCAGCUUAGGUCGAGAAGGUAACCCAUUGAAGAGUAUCAGAAUUUCUCCACGAGGUUUAAAAAUACCUUAGACUGGAAAGCAAACCAAAGGCUCGUCUGUGCCAAAAGAUAGCUAUACUGAACAAAGACACUAUAUAUCCUUGAUCAGCAUAUGUUCGGAAACAGGCAAGAACUUGCACCAAGGAUAUCCAGCUUAGGUCGAGAAGGUAACCCAUUGAAGAGUAUCAGAAUUUCUCCACGAGGUUUAAAAAUACCUUAGACUGGAAAGCAAACCAAAGGCUCGUCUGUGCCAAAAGAUAGCUAUACUGAACAAAGACACUAUAUAUCCUUGAUCCGUAUAUGUUCGGAAACAGGCAAGAACAUGCACCAAGAAUGCGCAGCUUAGGUCGAGAAAGCAAACCGAAGGCUCGUCUGUGCCUAAUGAUAACUAUACUGAACAAAGACACUAUAUAUCCUUGAUCAGUAUAUGUUCGGAAACAGGCAAGAACAUGCACCAAGAAUGCGCAGCUUAGGUCGAGAAAGCAAACCAAAGGCUCGUCUGUGCCUAAUGAUAACUAUACUGAACAAAGACAUUAUAUAUCCUUGAUCAGUAUAUGUUCGGAAACAGGCAAGAACAUGCACCAAGUAAAUGCAGCUUAGGUCGAGAAGGUAACCCAUUGAAGAGUAUCAGAAUUUCUCCACGAGGUUUAAAAAUACCUUAGACUGGAAAGCAAACCAAAGGCUCGUCUGUGCCAAAAGAUAGCUAUACUGAACAAAGACAUUAUAUAUCCUUGAUCAGUAUAUGUUCGGAAACAGGCAAGAACUUGCACCAAAUAUAUGCAGCUUAGGUCGAGAAGGUAACCCAUUGAAGAGAAUCAGAAUUUCUCCACGAGGUUUAAAAACGCCUUAGACUGGAAAGCAAACCAAAGGCUCGUUUGUGCCUAAAGAUAGCUGUACUGAACAAAGACACCUUAUUUCCUUGAUCAGUAUAUGUUUGAAAGCAGACCAAAAAUAAAAACAAUAAAAAAAGCAACCAAAGAAAAAGCAACAAAAAAAACUAAGAAUUUCUCCACGAGUUUUAAAAACGUUUUAAAUCAGUAUAUGUCUGAAAACAGACAAAAAAUAAAAACAAAAAACAAAAUAAAACAAAUGGAAAAUAAGAAAAACAACAAAAGAAAAAGCAAUACAAAAAAGCAACAAAAGAGGCAUUCAAAAAAGCAAUGUUCUGCUUUUCAUUAUGUCCCAAUAUUAAGCAACUUACUUCAAUGUACAUGUAGUGUUAUUUUCACUUAGUAAUAUUUCCAAACAUUGCUGAAAACAUUUGUUAUAAUUCUCAAAAGUAUCAAACGCCAAAUAAUCUCAUAGUAACCAAUUGUUUGAUUGCUGUUUGAUUACAUGUAAAAAAAAUUUCACACUGACAACGAUAAAUUUGUUCCAUGUUUUGCCUCCUUUGUUUGCUUGAUGGAGAUGCAUUAUUCGGAAGUGAUACGGAAAUAAAAUUCAAGAACAAAGA